GCGUAUGCAGGCCAAAAGCUAGAUGACCUGUACGCCAACAAAAUAUUGGAGUUUCGAGUGCCUUUCUAUGCACUGGAGACGACACCGUCUCGUGGCAUUGACUGACGCAUGCCGCAACCUCCGUCGGGUGGUCAGCAUCCGGGAGGCGGUGGGCGAGGUGAUGGAGGAGACGGCUCAGGACCCGGUGGAGCAGGUGACGGAGGAGACGGCUCAGGAUCUGGUGUUGACGAAGCAAAGGGGAAGGGGCUAGACGAAAUGUCGUUGGAACCAAAGGGCUCCGGCGGAAAAGGGUCGGGCGGAAAGGGGUCGGGCGGAAAGGGGUCGGGCGGAAAGGGGUCGGGCGGAAAGGGGUCGGGCGGAACGGGGCCAAGCGGAAAAGGGUCGGACGGAAAGGGGCUGGGCGGAAAGCGUAGAGCGUUCGGGAGUCACGAGUCUAGCGGAACUGAAAGCCGCUGCGAAGGGAGUCGAGACUCGGGCAUGCGAGACAAGGCGGCCCUGAGGUCUUAUCAAGUGCGAGUACAUUUGCACUUGUUUGCGAGGACUUUAUUUCACGACGCCAGCGAGCGCAAAGUGUUGGAGGGGCCCGCUGCAGAAGUGUUGGAGACCACGCCUAGCGAGUAUGAUCGCUACGAUUCGAAGGGUGCUUCCAUCGAUUUCGAGAGCAAGAGUGCAGCCGAUCCGGGGGAAGAGGAGCUGUCACAGUACGCACAUGUUGUGCACCGGGAAGAGGAGACUGAACACUGGCCGCACAGGAGUGUUGGAGACCGGGGCUAGCGGGCGUCUAUGUCAUCCUUUGGAGCGUGCGUCCGUCGACUUAGAGAGCAAGAGUGCACCACCUC